UAAAAGUGAAGUUAGCACAUUGCUAAUUGUCGACCGACAGUGACUAGCUAAUUGUCUGGCUAGCUACUGUACAGAGGUCACUGGACUUUGAUCACAAUGGGGGUGAAAGACCGCCCUCAGUGUUACUUUGAUGUGGAGCUCAACCGGGAGCCAGUUGGGCGCAUAGUAUUUCAACUUUUCUCGGAUGUUUGUCCCAAGACAAGCAAAAACUUUCUCUGUUUGUGCACUGGUGAAAAGGGAACUGGCAAACUAACAGGGAAAAAGCUGUGCUACAAAGGCUCCACUUUUCACAGAGUUGUGAAGAACUUUAUGGUCCAGGGUGGCGACUUCACCGAAGGAAAUGGAAGAGGGGGAGAGUCCAUAUACGGUGGCUAUUUUGAAGACGAGAACUUCAUUCUCAAACACGACAGAGCCUUCCUGUUGUCGAUGGCCAAUCGUGGGAAGGACACCAACGGUUCACAGUUUUUCAUCACAACCAAGAUGGCACCUCAUCUCGACGGAGUCCACGUCGUCUUUGGUCUGGUCAUCUCCGGCUUUGAAGUGAUUAAGAAGAUCGAGGGGCUGAAGACUGAUUCAGCCAGCAGACCUUACGCUGAUGUGAGAGUGAUAGAUUGCGGACAACUUAUCACCAAGUCCGCUAAUGAUGUACUUGAGGGCAAGAGGAAAAGAACCUCCCAUUCUGCUGACUCGUCCCUCAAUUCCCAUGACUCGUCCUCCCAGUUCUCCUCUUCAGGGGGAUCUGAAAGUGAAUCCGAUGAAAAGCACAAACUUCGUAAGCACAAGAGACAUGCAAAGAGUAAACGGCCUAAAAAGAAAAGGAGGGAAUCGAAGAAGGAGAACACUGAUGCUCUGCCCUCCAAGCAAAGCUCUCACAGUCCUGUGGAAAGAGAAGCGCUGGAGGGAGAAAAUGAAGUGGAAGGAGAGAAAGAGCAGAGUGGGAAGAGAGAGAAGCCUGUAGUCCGACCGGAGGAAAUCCCACCCGUGCCAGAGAACCGCUUCCUGCUGCGGCGGGACAUGCCGUCUCAGGAUGAUAAAACAGUGAUAGUUGAGAAAGAAGAAACGUCUCUGUCAACUGACCAGAAACCGGCUGUCUCUAAGUCCGGACGGAAGAUCAAAGGCAGAGGAACAAUGAGAUAUCACACCCCCACAAGGUCUAAAUCGCGCUCUGCAUCUGUUGAAGAACGCGGUAGCAGUGAAACUCCACCGCACUGGAAAGAAGAAAUGAAGAGAACCAAAGUUUAUCAACCUCCAAGCAUUGAGAGAUGGAGCAAAGGAGACAAAUGGGAUGACAGAAGUGACUCCGCAUGGUCCCGGUCUGCUGAACACUCCUCAGACCGCAGCUCUGAGAGGUCCGUCCUUCGCCGCCAACAGAAGAAAGAGAAGAAAAAAGCCAAACACAAGAAGAAGGCCAAAAAACAGAAACGUGGUAAGAAGAAGAGCUCCAAGAACAAACCACGAGAGCCUCUUCUGUCUGAGGGUGAAAGGUCAGUGUCUUCAGAAAGGAAGUCCAGAAGAUCCCGCUCCUCUUCAAAUCAGCAUAAUUCAUUAAGUCGGAGGAGACGGCGAUCCUCUGUGUCUGUCAGAGACUCACGGUCCUACUCAAGAUCCUACACUUCCAGUCGAUCCAGAUCUAGAGGGAGGUCCAGGUCUUAUUCAAGAUCCAGAAGUCUUUCUAGGUCUAGAAGUCGGUCUUUGUCUAGGUCCAGAUCAAGGUCCUAUUCUCGAUCCCGGUCUAGAUCCAGGUCAAGAUCAAGAUCCAGGUACAGGUCUAGGUCUCCAUCCAGAAAGAGGAGUUUAUGCAGGACUCCAAGAAAGAGGAAAGCCAGCAAGCCCAAAGCCGACGCCCUGAUGCCUGAGAAGCCCCCAGAGAGCAAAGUUACGCCUGUCCCCAGACUCCCAAAUGUCCCGACUCCCGAAAGCGUCCCUGUGAUCCCAAUGAGCGACAGUCCCCCGCCCUCACGCUGGAAACCCGGUCAAAAGCCCUGGAAGCCGUCUUAUAUCCAUAUUCAAGAGAUUAAAGCUAAAGUAGCUUCCAGCUCCUCCACCGGACAAACAGUAGCUAGUGUUACAGAAAAAGCUCAGACUUCCGUCACACCAAAGCGUCUGCCGGGUGACUCUGAAAGCCACAAACCUGUAGGGCGCUCACGCAGCAGGUCCUCCAGAAGCAAGUCCUACAGCCGCUCAUACAGUCGCUCACCGAGCAGAAGUCAUAGUAGGUCCAAGUCCAGGUCCCCUCGUCAGUAUAACAGCAGGUCAUCAUCCUACAGCAGAUCGGACUCUGACAACUCCCAGAAAACACGUGGCAACAAGAAGAAUUCACUAGACAAGGAAUGGAAAGAGUACUACAGCUCUCUGAGGAGGAUUAAAAAUUUAGAUAAGUACAUUUCACUCACCAGUAGUAAAGAUGCUCAGUCAGGAUCAGAGAAGAGGGCAGGCUGUGAGCACAGUCCUCAUAUCAGUGUCUCCAACAGAAGUGGCUCUUUGGAGAAAAUAAAAGAGAAAAGCAGCUCGCAAGAUCAAGAGGCGAAGCAUCACAGCUCAGUGCCGGCAGAGAGCUUUAACAGCAGGUCUGAGUGGGAUAGUGACAGCGAUAAAGCAGGCCAAAACAACAGUCCUGCUCCGUCAAAAAAGCAAAAACGAGCAGUUCAGUCCAGAGAAUUUCUUGACAAGAAGUUGUCUGCUCUCACUGGAUGGAAUUCAGAAAGUGAUUCUGAAAACGUAACUGCCAGGACAAUGGCAAUAUCUGAAAAAGAGGAAGGAGAGGCUAGUUCAGAAACAGACGAGGAGACUUCCAAAAAGGCAUCAGAGGCGGUGGCUGAGCUGGCACAAAAGAUUGCUGCUGCUGCCGCUGCUGCUGCUUCUGGUCAGCAGGAGGAAAGUGCUGAAAAGCUCUCCGAGCCUGAGAAGCACAAAAGCAAGAAGAAGGCCAAACGUAAGCAUAAACACAAGAGAAGAAGUGAGAACAAAAGUAGUUCCCAUCACAGUAAGGACAAAGGAAAGAGAUCGAAGAGGAAACAUCAGAAGCUCAAAGAGACUUUUCACUGGCAGCCUCCUUUGGAGUUCGGAGAGGAGGAAGACGAGGAUGAAUCGAAACGAGAGAAGCACAGUCCUGGUAGAGUUGUCAAAGAAAAGCCUGGUGGAGGCAGCGUGAAUGAAAGUCUAAACAAUAAUCCUACUAAAGAAAAAGAGAGAGUGCCACAGAGAGAACAAGAAUGUAUCAACAAAAACCCAAAACACACCGAACCUCAUCUUAAGUCAUCGAACAGGAGCAGUGCUAACAUACCCGGUAUCAAAGAGCAAGAGUCAUUAGAUGACAUGGACAUUUGUACCCCAGAGCACGAUGCUGAAAUUGUAGAAGUUCCUGUUACACAGGAUUUUUAUAAUAAAACCCCUGAAUUAACCCUAAAAUCUACCUCAAAGUCUUCUGGAACAGCAGCUAGAGAUCAUGCUGUACCUGAGAGCAAAGAAGAGCCCUCUGUAACAUCCACAACAACAGCUGCUGGACUGCAAGAUGAAGCAACCAGCAGCAAACCCGCCGGCACUGUAAUUAACUUCAAAUGGAGGCCUUUGAAAGGAAUGUCAGCUCUGCAGAAUGUGAAUGUGCCGCCUGUCACCACAAAAACCGCCCAACAUCAAGAGAAUCAGACGUCCAGCACGCAGGGAGUGAGAAUGGAGAUAAAAAGCAAAAGCCGGGUCCGACCAGGAUCCCUGUUCGAUGAGGUCCGCAAGACUGCGCGGCUCAACCAGAGGCCGAGGAACCAAGAGAGCUCCAGCGAGGAGAGAUCCCCUUCUGUGGGGAAUACACGGGGAUCACGGUCCCCGAAGAAGUCACGUUCUGUUUCCAGUCACCGAUCCCGGUCCAGAGGCUGGUCCCACUCCUACAGCAGGUCCAGGAGCAGAUCCCGCAGCUCCAGCUACUCUUCCAGGAGCCGUAGCAGGAGCCGGAGGAGACGUGGAAGAGGACGGUCGCGCUCUCGUAGCAGCACAUACCGAAGUUACAGGAGUCACAGUCGGACGUACAGUAGAAGUCAUUCCAGAAGUCGCUCAUAUAAUCGCCGUCGGAGAUCCAGGUCCGACUCCUACGACAGCUAUUCCAGUCGGAGUCGGAGUGCGAGCAGGAGACGAGGGCGCAGACGAAGUGACAGCUACAGGAGCUCGGACCGCCGAUCACGGUCGUACCGCUCCUCCAGCCGCAGUUCUUCCAGGCGCAGAAGUCACAGUCGCAGCAGUCGGUACAGUUGAGGCCUCAGGCAGGAUUUUUUGGUUCGAGUCUGCUGAGAGGGAGCAAAACCACAAAGUCUGGACACUGUGCACGAACAAUAGCAAUUACUGUUAUCAUCACAGAUCAGCAACUAAAGCUCCAAGAGGAAAAGUUGUAUUCUGUCUGUUACUAGUUUAAUACUGUACCGUGUGACAGUCUUUGAGGACAUGAAUGUUAUAGAAUGUACAUGAAUAAACCACUUCACAAGCUAACACAACGGGAUUUGUUUUUAGAGACUGUCACAGCUGAGAACAACAGCCCGGAGGUUUCAAAACCGCUAUGUAAUUUGAGAAAUAAGCUGUAUAUAUUUUAUAUUAUUGUAUAAUUGUGUAUUCCUUUUCUACUUCUGUUUUUUAUACACUGAAAUUACACUGUCUAAUCCUCUCAGUUCUGAUGUGUUUGAGGAGUUAGUAGGUAUUGGUUGAGGUUAUGCCUUAAACACAGUUUUUAUUUUCUCUAAAAACAUACUAGUUCAGUGGAAAAACUAAGUUAUUUUAGCAGUUUCAAGCUAUAAUUUGAUGUAUCACGAUUGUUAAAAGCUGUAUUCAGAGUAUGUCUGAUUUAUUCGAACAGUUAUGAAUGUUUACACUGAAUAAAUACCGCAGCCUGUUAAA